AUGUAUUGCACAUCCCUCUUAAAUUGUUGUUUUCUUGAUUUCAUUGAGAACAACAUGUCAAAACUUAAAGUUAAUCAACUUCGCCAAUUAAGGGACAUUUUUGCAAAAUUUGACACGGAUUCAGAUGGUAGCCUAACCAUUAUGGAGCUAGCCGCACUCCUUGGGUCAUUAGGGCUAAAGCCUUCAAGCGACCAAAUCCAUGCGUUAUUAACCAACAUGGAUUCAAAUGGCAAUGGAUUUGUGGAGUUUGAAGAGUUGGUUGAUGCAAUUCUGCGGAACAUUAGUGCAGAGAUAUUGUUAAACCAAGAGAUGCUCCUUGGGGUGUUUAAAUACUUUGACCGUGAUGGGAAUGGUUUCAUAACAGCGGCAGAGUUAGCCGGGGCAAUGGCCAAAAUGGGUCAACCCCUAACGUAUAGAGAGCUCAUGGAGAUGAUCACAGAAGCUGACACAGAUGGGGAUGGUGUGAUUAGCUUCAAUGAGUUUGCCACUGUGAUGGGUAGGUCAGCCUCUGAUUUCUUAAGCUUUGCAUUGUUGUAA